CCUGCCGACAACGUGCUAUUUUUCUCCUUUGUUAGCCAGUAUCUGUUAUUGUAUCACUCCACAUAAAUCGCUCGCUCCACGGUAUCAAUCUUUACCUACUUGAAAUGAGGUUACGCCUGUCAAUCAAGCACUCCUGUUCAUGACAACAUUCAAUAAGCAGCAGUACCCUGAAGCUAUGGCGGACGAUUUGGACGAAUUGCUGGAUGAGGUUGAAACAAAGUUCUGUCGCAAUGUUUCUUUGACGCCACAACUUCAAGCUCCCUCAGAAUUAUCGACGGCUGGGAAAUGUUUAACGCAAACUGGGAAAGAAAGAAAACACUGCACCACUGACGAUACACCCAGAAAAACGGACAUCGAAGAUAUAGAUGCCCUUCUUGAGGACAUACUUGACGAUGAUUUCGAUUCCUUUGCGCUUAACACUGGACAGCUUCCGAAAAUGACGAAGACAUUGCCACAAUCCACAAGAAAGUGCUGCCCAGUUUUCCUUGGUGGAAGCUCCAUUGCAAAUGGUGUAGGAACAGCUGUUUCACAAAGGUCGUGUGAUCAGCUGAGAUGUAUCUCCUGUGACUUUCGGGUGGCCAUGUUUGACGAUCAUGAAUGGGACCCCUCUUGUGAUUACCUCUUCUUCAGGAACAACAUGCCAGACUGUCAGAAGCUGCGGGCUAAGUUGAGGAGAAGAAAAGGGGCGCGGGCGUACGCCUGCCAGUGUAGCUGGCACUCUGCUCGAGACCUCACCGACCUGAGAGAACAGCACCAGCUCAAGUGGGUCUGUGGGAAGCAUGAAGUAUGAAUGCCUUCUCUCUAUCACACACCAUCACUUUGCAGUUACUUGAAAACCAAUGUUCUCUUGUUAUAGACAUCCCAACACACAUUUUUCUGCCUUGAGAAUGAUGUAGGUCUUUCUCUGCAUUACAUUUAGUGUGUUCUGGGUUUAAAUGUAAAUGAACAAGGUAGGUCUUCUGCUAUCUUUAGAGAUGUGAUUUUUAGCUAGCUCAGUUUUAAGAGCAGGUAUAUGCCAGACCAUACUUGUGUGAAAACGGUACUUAGGAAAGAUGAGGCUAAAUUGAAUAGUCUUUUAUGUAUAAAAUAAAAUAAAAAUAGUAAUGAAGACAUUCCAUUAUCUGGUAGUAUUUCAUAUACAAUGCUGUUACAUGCUUUUCUGUAGCCUUUCCUUCUGUCUUAGUUUCUAAUUCCCUUGUCAUUUUGUUUAUUUCCUCUUCUGUCUCUUUGAGUGAAAUGCAUUCUCUGUUUUAAGGGAUUUCUGAUAUUACCAUUCAUGUAUUGUGUAUAGUAUGAAGGUGAGGUUAGUGUGAAGUUAAAUGACCCAAACCUUUCCUGUUGCAUCUGUGCUAGACAUUUAGAAGAAGAAAAACAUUAAACAUAAAAUAAUCACUUCACUCUUGACAGUCUAGUAGUUGAUACCUUAUAAAUGAAUCAUAAUCAAAUGAAGUAAUCUGUGGAUAGUUUAUUAAAUAUCUACUAAUUCAUUCAUUAGGGAAGCCCCCCCCAAAAAAAAAAAGCUUAACUACCAAAGACAUUUGUUGUGAUAGCCCAGUCAGAAGUAGAUAUUUUGGAUUGCAAAACAUGUGCUCAUAUUAUGUACAAAGCAUCUGCAUAUGCGUUUAUACACUAGGCUAUUCACAUCAAGUCUUAGUUGAAUAAAUGUUGUAUGCACUUCA